GAAAAAACUCAGAUAACUCACUCCACCGCAUCUCGAGAAAGAAUUUUGGAUCAAAUUGAGUUGGAACGAGAUGCAUUAGACUUAGAGGAAUGGAAAUUACCUCUCAAGGUUACAUUGUUCUGCUUCCAAAAGAGCAGUAUUUAAACCAAGCCCUGCACUUUUCCGGAUACAUCUCCAGCCUUUUGCUUUUUUAAGACGCGCGUUUUGUGCAGAAAGGCGUGUGCGCAAAAGCAAACUAAAACUUUUGGAUCUCCUCACAUCAGCUUGAGCAGUCAGGAGGGAAUGAAAGUCUGCUCCGUUCCUCUCCCGGUUUUCGGAGGCGCACUUGGAGAGCGCAGUGCGGGAGGAAGCGCGUAAUGCAGCGCGUAAUGCGGGCAGCUCGAGCUUCUAUAUGAAAUAAUCAUUUCUCCGUUUCCACUACUGCACACCUAACAGCCUAUUGGAUAUCUCAAUAACACACAGACGGUGGAAACGGUCGUUUUUUUAUUAUUUUAUUUUUAUUAUUAUUUGUAUUCUUGUUAUCCUUCUUUUUUUGUUUGCGCAUUUUUGACCAUCAUGACGUCUCCGGCGAAAUUCCGCAAAGACAAGGAGAUUAUAGCCGAAUAUGAAACUCAAGUAAAAGAGAUCCGGGCUCAGCUGAUAGAACAGCUCAAAUGUUUGGACCAGCAGUGCGAGCUCCGGGUGCAGCUCCUUCAGGACCUGCAGGACUUCUUCCGCAAGAAGGCCGAGAUCGAAAUGGACUACUCGCGCAAUCUGGAGAAGCUGGCUGAGAGGUUCCUGGCCAAGACGCGCAGCACCAAGGACCACCAGUUCAAGAAGGAGCAGAAUGUGUUGUCUCCGGUGAACUGCUGGAACCUGCUGCUGACUCAGGUGAAGCGUGAGAGUCGUGACCAUGCCACCCUCAGCGAUCUCUACCUCAAUAACAUCAUACCACGCUUUGCCCAGAUCAGCGAGGAUUCCGGACGCCUCUUUAAGAAGAGUAAAGAGGUGGGACUUCAGCUGCAGGAGGAUUUGAUGAAGGUCCUCAACGAGCUGUACACGGUAAUGAAGACGUACCACAUGUACAACGCGGACAGCAUCAAUGCCGAGAGCAAGCUGAAAGAGGCUGAGAAACAGGAAGAGAAGCAGAUGGGACGUGGGGCACGCCAGGAGGAGCGCCAAACACCACGCUCCCCUGACACGCUUGCCAGCGUCAGGCUUGAUGACAAGCCUGUUCGCCGGAGCUCUGUGAAAAAGAUCGAGAAGAUGAAGGAGAAGCGCCAAGCCAAAUACACUGAGAACAAGCUGAAAGCCAUCAAGGCAAGGAACGAGUACCUGCUGGCUCUGGAGGCGACCAACUGCUGCGUGUUCAAGUACUACAUUCAUGACCUCUCCGACCUCAUUGACUGCUGUGACCUGGGCUACCAUGCCAGCUUGCACCGGGCUCUGCGUACCUACCUCUCUGCUGAGUUUAACGUGGAGACGUCCAAGCAUGGCGGCCUAGAGACGAUCGAGAACGCAGCUGAGAACCUCGAGGCUCAGGCUGACAAACAGAGACUAAUGGAGACCUACAACAACAUCUUCUGCCCUCCCAUGCGCUUCGACUUCCAGUCUCAUAUGGGGGACCAGAUGGGCUACAUGUGUGCUCAGCAGCCACUGCAGGGAGAACUUCUGCAGAGGUGCCAGCAGCUCCAGUCUCGUCUUUCCACACUCAGGAUAGAGAAUGAGGAGGUGAAGAAGACCAUGGAGGCGACUCUGCAGACCAUCCAGGACAUGGUGACCAUCGAGGACUUUGAUGUGACUGACUGCUUUCACCAUAGCAACUCCAUGGAGUCAGUAAAGUCUACGGUGUCUGAAUCGUUCAUGAGCAAACCGAGCCUUGCCAAGAGACGAGCCAAUCAGCAGGAGACUGAGCAGUUCUACUUCACGAAACUGAAGGAGUUCCUAGAGGGCAGGAACCUCAUUACCAAACUGAAGGCCAAGCACAACCUUCUCCAGAAGACCCUGGGAGAGAGUCAAAAGACUGACUAUUGCCUUGCCAGUGGACGGAGGAACUCGACCGCGAGGACACAGGAAUCCGUUCAGGUCAUACCACUGAUCGUAGAGAGCUGUAUUCGCUUCAUCAGCCGACAUGGCCUGCAUCAUGAGGGUAUCUUCCGAGUGUCUGGCUCUCAAGUGGAGGUCAAUGACAUUAAGAACGCCUUUGAGAGGGGUGAGGAUCCUCUGGCCGGAGAUCAGAACGAUCACGACAUGGACUCCAUUGCCGGUGUCCUUAAACUCUACUUCAGAGGCUUGGAAAACGCUCUUUUUCCAAAGGAAGUCUUUCAUGAGCUCAUGGCCUGUGUCUCUAUGGAGAACCUCCAGGAUCGAGCCGCUCACAUCCGCAAGGUCCUUCUGAAUCUUCCCACCAACACCCUGGUCAUCAUGCGAUACCUGUUCGCAUUCCUCAACCAUCUGUCCCAGUACAGUGAGGACAACAUGAUGGACCCCUAUAACCUGGCCAUCUGCUUUGGCCCCACACUCAUGUCCGUGCCUGAGGGUCAUGACCAGGUCUCUUGCCAGGCCCAUGUGAAUGAACUGAUCAAGACUAUCAUCAUCCACCAUGAGAGCAUCUUCCCCGGGCCACGUGAGCUCGAGGGCCCUGUGUAUGAGCGUGGAGGAGCCCCUGAAGAAUACUGUGAUAGUCCACACAGCGAGCCCCCUCUUGUGGACGAACCUGCACCUGAUACCGUCUCAGACAUGCAGAACAGUGAUGAUGGCUCAUUGAACGUUUCAGACUCGGACCCCAUCGAGGCCAUUGCGCGCUUUGACUACUCAGGUCGUAACAACCGCGAGCUCUCGUUUAAAAAGGGCGCCUCGCUGCUGCUGUACCACCGUGCUUCUGACGACUGGUGGGAGGGACGACACAACUGCAUCGACGGUCUCGUGCCUCACCAGUACAUCAUGCUUCAGGAAAUCGCGGAUGGUGGCUACACAGGCCGAGGCAGUCCAAAAGCUGAACUAGAGGCACCUCAUGAGGGAAUAGAGGAGAAAGUGUCUACUAGAGGCAGUGCCAGCUCUCCCAUUGGAGGCCAUGUAGCCGAUAUCUAUCUGGCCAACCUUAACAAGAUGAGGAAGCGUCCAGAGGCGAGUUCAAUCCGCAGGACGUUCCGGCCGAUAGAAGGCACUGUCGAUGGCUCCUCUGUUCCCGCGGGGGGUCUGAGAAGCUCUUCAUUGUCUGCAGCAGCGCUGCCCAAAGAGAGUGCGGACAAGAGGCCGCUGAGCGCCCACAGUGUCCUCAACUCCAUCACCCGGCACUCAUCCCUCAAAGCCAAGGUGGAGAGCCCUCAGUUCCGCAGAGGCACCCCUGCAGGGCGCUCCAAAAGUUUUAGUAACCAUCGACCUCUUGACCCUGAAGUGUUCUCGCAGGUUGAGCACAGCUCACAGGAAAUCCAGGUGACCAUGAGCACAGCGCUGAGCGAGCUGCACGACCUGGACAAGAAGAGCAGUGUGAAGCCAGCACCCGACGUGGUGCUCGACACUCUGGAGCAGCUGAAGAGCGGCGGAGCCUCCGAGCCAUCCAGCCCGCUCCACUCGCGCCCGCUCCAGCACCCGCUCCAGUGCCCUCUCCAGCGCAGCGCCAGCUCGGCCAGCGACGUGCCCUCCGCCUCACGCCCCAUCAAGGGCCCAGCACCUAAGAGCCCUCUGUCCUCAGGAACAACGACCACUGCACUCUCUCCUUCCACUUCCACUUUCCGAGACAACCGGCCGCCAGCCACCAGACCCAAACCUGCAGUCUUCCCUAAAAGUAGCAGCUCCAGCAGCACCACCAGUAUCCCUCCAUCUCCGCCACCACCUCCUCCAUCUACCGAUAAAUCCUGCCCGGCUUGAGAAAUCCAUCAAUCCUUUAUUGCUAUAUCGUGAUUCCAAAAUCCAGCCGGCUGUUUUUGAUCCUGUUAAUGGAGGGAUAAAUAACUAACCACUUUUUAUUCAUUCAUUAUGGACAGUAACCUCAAUUCUGAAAUGCAGUGUGUGGAUGUGAGUGUGUGUAUUGUCUGUGUGUGGUCCACAUGCACAUGGUGGGAUUUUUCAGCACUGUUUAAACCUGAGAAAAGAAUUCUGUCAGGGUUGUAAGCGUUCUCGAUCCCUCUUUAUAGUUAAAUCUAAGUUUAAUAAUAUUUUUUUUAAAUGGUUGUGUAUUGGAUUGGAUUAUUUUGGAAAAUAUGUAGCUGUGAAUAACUCUCACGUCUCUCUCUUUCUCUCUCUUUCCUUUUUCUUUUUUUUUUAACUCACUCUUGAGGGAGCUGCACUUGACGUGUGCCAUGAUGGAGACUGAAUUUUUUUUUGCAAUACUCCUACUAUGAACUCCAUAGCAUUCCACUGGGGGAAAAAAAAAGGUAUCUGUGUAUUUAUAUGCAGCUAUUUUUACGUACCGAAAUCGUGUCCGUGUUUUCAUCAGGAUAAGCGAUGUUGGCUUCUACCCUCCUCUCUCAUUGGAUAUACCUGCAUUUGUAAUUCAGGAUCAAGCCUUAAAGGCUUUCAGUAUAAAAGGUUUUCUGUAGGAAUUCCAGCAUGGCAACCUGCUUGCACCACUUUCUCUUGAACAAUAACACACCACCUCCUUUCUUAACGAUAACUGUUAUAGUAAAACUUUUUUCAACACUGAUCAGCAGUGAUGUAUAACUUUUAGCCUGUUUGCCGUGAACUAUUAUUAAUCAUUUUUAUCCGCAAGCACCUGGAAAGCUCUCAGGACAAAAAAAUUAAUAAAGAGUUGCAUCUCAGCUUAUCGUGCAAUGUAAAGGGCAGCACUGAGGGAUAAAGUCCAACACUUUACCAGCUUUAUCUUUGCACCGACUCCAUUUUGUCUAGUUGAUUCAGUAGUAAACAGCUGUGUGGGACCUUGAGCUUUUUUUUUUUCCUCUAAAAAAAAAUGGAGGAGCUGCUUACUAUUAAGUAUUGAAGUUUCACCUUUGUUUUCUUGUGGGGAUAAAAAAUUGCGAGCUAAUAGUUACUCCUACAUCCCCUGCAAAAUCACAUGCCUGGGCAAACAUCCACGUACUGCUGAUGCAUGCAACUCAUCAGUGUCACGUCAACACCAAUCAGUCUGCAUGCUACAAAAGGUAUCGACGGCUCUGUAAACAAAAGGAUAGAAUCGAUCACGAGGGGAGAUAAGAAGCGUAACCAAGUAUUAGGGUGAAAAAUAAGACCUGCAAUUCAUUUCUGUCCACAGAGCUCAUGUCUUGUUAAGCUGUUUUUUUUUUUUUUUUUUUUUUGCCUUUAUACCUCGCAACUUGACUCGAAUCCUGAAUCUAUCCAGUUUCUUGCAUGGUGCAUAAAGCAAAGCUGUGCUGCUUCUCAAACUCUUUCCAUUCUUAUAGCAGCUUCACCAGCACUUCUUAACAACCUGCUCGUCACAUUCUUCUACGGUUUACUUCUCAAAUAAUCAAACGUGAAUCAAACAUGAUGUAAUCCAGAGAAACCGGGGCUAUUUCUGUGUGUUCUCUGUGUAUACCUGAAAUGAUUAAGAUUAUAACUGGAAAAAAAAAAAAUACAAAAGUGAGGAAUGUCUUGUACACUUGGUGACGUGUUUUGAUGCAAAAAAUAUGGUUUCCUUCUGCCUUGCCUAAGUUUAUUUACAAUUCUCGUGGGUUGGUAUUUGACCUCGAGUUUGCAUCAUGUGUAUAAGUUGUUUAUCUGUAUACAGUAUGUUUCUAUGUAUGUUUCUAUGUAUGUAAAGUGUAAUCCAGCCUAAUAGUGGUUAUUAAUUCAUGCUUUAUACAGCGGAUUGGGAAAACUUUCAUCUCUUCACAGUAGUUUACUGUGGAUAUUAAGAUUUAUUAAAUAGCAGACAUUUUUAUUGGUCUUAAUAUGGAAUUAAGGAUGUUUGCAGGCUCCAGACUGGGAGCAGGUUAAUCUCGGAGUUGUUAGAGAUCCUGUACACUUCAUACCCAGGCGCUUUGAUGGGUUGCAGCCCAAGAUUGGAUUUUUUGUGCUAAACCAGUCUUCUGCAUGUUUAGAUAUUUCACAGCUCUCUAUUGACAUGUUUCCCAGGCCAUUUUAUCUAUAAAAAAAAAAAUGAUCUGACUCUUUUUGAGUUCAUAUAGUCUAUGUAUGCUUUUUAAAGACUUUUUUUUUUUUUUUUUUUUAAAGAAAUGCCUUGAAUUUUUACUAUGUACAAACCGUGAUGUGGUGGUCAUAAUGUUGGGUAUGUUUUGAGGUCGGGAAGAAAAAACAAGCAUGGGGCCAGUUGAUUUAUUUUUUUUUCCCCCCCCAGGGUCAUGAAGACCUGCUAUUAAAAUCCUGAAAAUAAUUAGAAACGCCUGGAAACGUUUCAUUAAUACCCCCACCCCUCGCCCCAAAAAAAAUAAAAAUAAAUUUUAAAAAAAGGCAGAGAAUUUUUAAAGGUCAAUUUUUUCUAGGAAAUCUUUUUGGAUAUUUUUUAUUUUUUAUUUUGUGUUGUCUUGCUGUUUUCUACAUACAUGUCUUAACAGGUGAUUAGGUAUAUCUCUGUGUGCUAUGAUUGGAAAUUUACUCUUUGUUUUGUUCCUAAUACCUCAUAAGGCAACUGGAAACCACAUUGGAAUGGAAAAAAAAAAAAGCAUUAUCCUACACAGUUCAUAAUUAACUCAUGCAAAGUGCUUGGUCUUAUUGUGUAACUUUCUUUCUGUGCAGUUGGCUGAAGUCUCGGUUUACAUGUAAUCUUUCUAUUUUCAAGUCUGCAAUUUUAAACUCCAUUCAUAUUAUGAACUUGAAUCUGCAUUGUAUGUUGGUGAACAGAUUGAGCGAGGGUUUGCUUUUUUUUUUGUUUCUAAAUAGUAACUAUUGUUAAAUGUGUAUUUCCUGUCCAUUUUAAAUCAAGGCUGUAAACUGUCUUGUCAGAGAGGUAUUUAUAGUCGUCAAACUCAAGUAUCUGUUAAUGAGAGAAACCUGUGUCCAGAUGUACUUUGUAUAUACAAUGGUGUACAUUGCAGAGGUACAUUCUUUUUGGUUUUCUUUUUUUUUUUUUUGUUGGAAGGGAUUGGGUACAGGAUUGUACAGUAAUAGCAAUAGUAGUUUACUCUCAAAUACACCUUAUAUAAUUCCAUGCGUAGUUCUUGUAGUAAACCUUUUUUUUUUUAAUAAACCGCUUGCUAUACA